AUGUCUUCUCGCGCUUCUUUCAUGUUCCUUUUCCUUUUUUUCCUCCUCACUAGCUUCAGAGCUUCUGCUCAAAGUCCUAACUAUUUAUACCAUCUUUGUCCAAAUACAACAACGUAUUCAAAGAACAGUACUUACUUCACCAACCUCAAAAUCCUUUUGUCUUCUCUCUCUUCUGACAACUCGUCCUACUCCACUGGAUUCCAAAACGCCACUGCGGGUCAAGCCCCCGACAGGGUCACCGGACUUUUUCUCUGUCGGGGAGACUUCUCGGCUGAAGUUUGUCGUAACUGUGUCUCCUUUGCCAUCAACUACAUCUUCAUUCGGUGUCCGAAUGAGAGAGAGGUCACUAUCUAUUACGAUGAGUGUUUGCUCAGAUACUCUCACCGGAACAUUCUCUCGAACGUCACACUCAAAGGAGAAUUUAUCAUGUUGAACUCGGAUAAAAUAUCUGACCAAGUAGACCGGUUCGAAGAUUUGGCGUCAUCCACGAUGAACCAAGCUGCCAUCGAGGCAGCGACCAAUGCUAGAAAGUUCUAUACGAGAAAGGCCAAUUGGACCGCACUCCAGGAUUUGUACGUCCUGGUUCAGUGCACUCCUGAUCUUACAAUGGAAGACUGUUUGCGCUGUCUGGAACGGUCCAUCAAUAGGAUGACUCUUAACAGAAUUGGAGCAAGACAACUUUACCCUAGUUGUAAUUCAAGGUACGAGCUUUACGCGUUCUACAACGAAACCGCCAUUAGAACAUCACCACAACACCAAGUACGACCGUCACCGUCACCACCGCCUCGGCCCACCACUACUUCUUCGGAGUCAUCUCCUCCACCACCUGGGAAAGGUGGAAAUUCAAAUGUGUUAGCCGUAGCCAUUGUUGUGCCUAUUAUAGUGCUUGUUCUGCUUUGCAUAGCUGGUUACUGGUUCCUUGCAAAGAGGACAAAGAAGACUUAUGAUACAGCACCUGUCUUUGAUGGUAAAGAUUCAAUUCCAGAUGAUAGAACAACCAUCGAGUCGCUUCAACUUGAUUAUAGAACAAUUCAAGCUGCAACUAAUGAUUAUUCAGGGCAAAAUAAGAUUGGUCAAGGUGGAUUUGGAGAGGUUUACAAGGGUACGUUUUUGAAUGGGACUGAAGUUGCGGUGAAGAGACUGUCGAAAUCAUCCGGACAAGGUGAAACAGAAUUCAAGAACGAGGUUGUUGUCGUGGCAAAGCUUCAGCAUAGAAAUCUGGUUAGGCUUCUGGGGUUUUCUCUAAAACAAGAAGAAAGGAUAUUGGUCUACGAGUAUGUGCCUAACAAAAGCCUUGAUUACUUCCUCUUCGACCAAGAAAAGAAAGGUGAACUAGACUGGACUCGACGUUACACGAUAAUUGGAGGAAUUGCCAGAGGGAUUCUAUAUCUUCAUCAAGAUUCACGACUCACGAUCAUACACCGUGACCUCAAAGCGAGUAACAUUCUCCUUGAUGCGGAUAUGAAUCCAAAAAUUGCUGAUUUUGGAAUGGCAAGGAUCUUUGGAAUAGACCAAACUCAGCAAAACACAAGCAGAAUUGUUGGUACCUAUGGUUACAUGUCUCCUGAAUAUGCGAUGCAUGGCCAAUUCUCUAUGAAAUCUGAUGUCUAUAGCUUCGGAGUGUUAGUUCUUGAGAUUAUAAGCGGUAGGAAGAACAGUAGCUUCUAUGGUGCACAGAAUUUGGUCACAUAUGGUUGGAGGCUUUGGAAUAACGGAAAAGCGUUAGACCUUGUCGAUCCAACUAUUGUAGAGAACUGCCAGAAGAGUGAAGUGAUUCGAUGCAUCCAUAUCGGUCUUUUGUGUGUUCAAGAAGAUCCUGCUGAGCGUCCGACCUUGUCAACGAUUUUUGUGAUGCUCACUAGUAAUAGUAAUGUGACUUUACCAGUGCCUCAACAACCAGGGUUUUUCGUUCAGAAUCAUAGUACAACUGAAAAAGAUCCGAUUGACUCGGAUCAAUCUACAACGGCCAAGUGUGUUUCAAAUUCUAUUGGCGACACAUCGAUCACUGAAUUAUAUCCUCGUUGA